AUGGUUGAAGAUUAUGCUAACUUAAUGAUCAAACGAUUCCAAAUGAGCAUGAACAAAGAAUUAAGCUUCUUUCUAGGCCUUCAAGUUAAACAAACUAACAAAGGCAUUUUCAUUUACCAAGAGAAGUAUAUUUCUGAGCUUCUCAAGAAAUACUCUAUGGACACGUGUUCCUCAGCCAAGGUACCCAUGGGCUUCGGUCACAAAAUCUUUGCCGACCUUUCGGGUGUUUCUGUAGAUGAAAAGAAGUAUCGUGGACUAAUUGGAUGCUUACUUUAUCUCACUGCAAAUAUCUCAAAGGUACAAAGAAUCUCGGAAUUUGGUUUCCUGCAAAUGAAAGUUUCCUUCUGCAAGCCUACUCGGAUUCAAACUAUGGUGGUCUUCAACUCGAUAGGAAAAUUACAUCAGGAGGAUGUAGGUGGUCGUUUAGUCAGCUGGUCAUCCAAGAAAGAGAACUACAUUGCUCUCUCUACAGCUGAAGCCGCAUACAUUGUUGCUGCCAGCUGUACUUCUCAAGUUCUUUGGAUGAAAUCUCAACUCUUGGAUUAUGGUUACUGA